AUGGCCGACCACGACACCGGAGGGGAGCCUACAGGAACGCUUGCUCCCGAUGUCGUCAUUGUGGGCGCCGGCUUCAGCGGCUGUUACGCUCUCUAUAAGUUGAGACAGCUCGGGUAUUCCGCCAAAAUCCUCGAGGCCGGAAGUGACUUCGGCGGCGUCUGGCACUACAGCAGAUAUCCCGGAGCCCGGGUUGACUCGGACACGCCGUCAUAUCAGUUCAGCUUACCAAAGGUGUGGGAAAACUUCAAUUUCAAAGAGAGAUUUCCCGGGCACGAGGAGAUUCGACGAUACUUCUCUCACGUUGACGCCACCCUCGAUCUGCGAGUGGAUACCAUCUUCGAUGCCCGAGUUGACAACGUGAAGUACAACGCGAGCAGCGCGCGAUGGAACUUCCAUACGGAACGAGGUCUUCGCAUCUCGUCAAGAUUCGCCAUCUUCGCCUGCGGAAGUUUCAGCAAGCCUUAUCUCCCUUCUUUGCCGAACCUGGAGACCUUUCGUGGGGAUAUCAUCCAUCCAUCCGCUUGGCCUGAACGCCUUCAGCUGAAGGGCAAAAACAUCGGUAUCAUAGGCCAAGGCGCAUCCGGUCUACAAUUGGUUCAGGAACUCGCAAAAGAGGACUGCCAGUUGACUGUCUUCGUACGGAACCCCUGCCUCACAAUUCCCAUGCGCCAGAGAAGCCUCCCGUACCGAGAGUCGGAGGAGUUAAAGAACUACUACGACGGCAUAUUCUAUAAGGCAAAGUUCGGCUCAUCAUCAGCCAUUGCCUACAAUCAAAACACGGACUACUUUCAUGGCACGAGCGAUGAAGACAGCCUUGCUCUCUUCGAGCGCCUCUGGAACAGGGGAGGUUUCGGUCUGACGUUGUCGAACUAUCGCGAUGUCAUGUUCGACAAAGCGGCCAACUCGAGCGUCUACGACUUUUGGGCUCGAAAGACCAGGGCUCGGAUGACCGAUCCAGAGAAAAGGGAUA